AUGGCGGCGCAGGGCGAGGGGGAGCCGAAGAGCUUAGAGGAGGGCAUGGCGGAGGCGGAGAAGUACCAGGGAGACCCCUUGGAUUGUCCUUGCAUCCAGCACAUGAAGGAGGGGCCCUGCGGCGACAAGUUUGUAGUUGCGUAUCGAUGCUUUCUUGACAGCAAAGAGGAGGAACGAGGGGCGGAUUGCUUGGAAAGCUUUAAAGCGAUGCAGAUGUGCUUCGCCGAGCACCCUGAGCACUAUAAAGAAUUCCUUGCGGGAGAUGACGAGCAGGAAGACGACGAAGAAGAGGACGAUGACGAGCAAGAAGGAGCAGCGAAAGACAAGGAAGCGAAGAAAGAGCCAGAACCUCAAACGCAUGAACAGAAGGCUGACAACGGCAACAAGUGA